UUUGAACAAAGGCUCCAUGUAAAGGAUAUAAACGAUCCACACCACCAUCACGUCCAGGGGCGCCUGAUGCUCUACACUUUGGUCUGUCUUGACUAUCAUGUAGCAGUCAGGCUUCCCCUUCUCUCGAAGCGAAAAUGGUGUCGUUCUCCGUUCCUAGCUUUCGAUCCACUACCACUUCCCCGCCGCUCCGUCAGAGCGACAGCAACACCAACAAUGGUUCCUCCUCCACCCCUAUAAGCGAACGAGCUCUGCGCAAUAACCCCUUCGGAAUCACCUCUCGGACCCGCACGAGUGCCGCCUUGAAGCCGGCAUCAGAUGAUUGGAAGCGCGAACAAGACGAGCUCAACCAUGCCCUGCAAACACUGGCCCGCAUCUUCCCGGACGUCCGCGUCGAAGUCUUCCGUGAGCUCCUCGUCCGUUUCGAUGGAACCAGCCGCCUGCACGUCUGUGUCGAGCAGCUUCUCCGACAUAAAGAUAAAUGGGUAGCGGGCAGAUGGAACGUACCCGGUGGGACGGGCAACAACACCGACGAGGGCGCUCCUGCGCCUGCGCCUGCGACCGCGACUGCGACUGCGACUGCGACUGGGCCUGGAAACGAUGAUCUUCUCCUCAUCCCUCCUCACGAACUCUUCCGAUCCCAACGCUACAAAACCGCCGUGAAGACUGUCCUGACAAAAGAGUUCAGCGCACUGAGCAAGAGCACGGUGGAGGCGGUGCUGGCGGAAGUGAACUUCUGCUACAUCCGAGCGCGUCCUACCCUCCAGGAGCUCGCGCGGAAGACCUGGCGGGCGACGUUCAACAGCUUUCUGCCGUCGUUCAAGCGCAACAAAGAUAAAAACGAGCACCCGCUGAUUGUCUGGCAACGGGACGCAGCGGCAGACGGCGGCGAGGCGGUGCCGCGGCUGAAGGAGACGGGGUGUGAGGAGUUGGACCGCGAAUUAUACGAGGCGCUGCUAGCCCCCCUGCUCCGGGCGCGACAGGAGGAGCAGGAACGCAAGGACCUGGCGCUGGCGGAGACGCUGAACGAGGACGAAGCCCAGGCGGCGGCGGCGCUCUACGAAUGCGAAUGUUGCUUCGCGGACGUGACCUUCGAGCAGAUCGCAACCUGCUCCGACAACAUGCACGUCAUCUGCUACGGCUGCAUCCGGCGGACGAUCCACGAGGCGCUGUUCGGACAAGGCUGGAACAAGUCCGUCGACGUGGGGCGGACCACGCUGCGAUGCAUCGCGCCCUUCGAUCACGACGGCUGUCGAGGGUCGCUGAGCGCGGCCGUCGUCAAGCAGGCGAUCCAGCUCGACAGGUCCGGGCCGGAGACGUACGCGCAAUUCGAGGCGCGCGUCGCGGCGGACGCCCUGCUCAAGUCGCAGCUAAAGCUCAUCCGCUGCCCGUUCUGCGCCUACGCCGAGGUCGACCCGAUCCACCACCCCUCGGCCACGAUGGUGUGGCGCUUCCGCGGCGAGGGCCUCAUCUCGAGUCUGAUCGUCACCGUCUUCAUCCUCGACCUCAUCCCGCUUCUGCUGAUCCCGCUCAUGCUCCUCUACCUGCUCAAGCCGAACGCCGUGCGCACCUCCUUCCGCACCGCUCUGCUCAACACCACCCUCCGCGCCCGCCCCAAGCGCUUCGUCUGCGCCCACCCAUCCUGCCGCCGCGUCAGCUGCAUUAGCUGCCAGAAGCCCUGGCGCGACCCGCACGUCUGCCACGAGCCACUCCUCCUCGACCUCCGCGCCACCGUCGAAGCCGCCCGCACCGCAGCCGUCAAACGCACCUGCCCGCGCUGCGGCCUCUCCUUCGUCAAAUCCACCGGCUGCAACAAACUCACCUGUGUCUGCGGCUACUCGAUGUGUUACCUCUGUCGCAAAGCGCUAGCCUCAACAUGGACCCAGCACGCGAAUGCUAAUGCCAAUGCCCAACGCCGUGGUGGUGGUCGUCGACGAAGACAACAACAACGACGACCCGCCCCGCGUCGCCGUCCUCCUCAACAUAAUAACGAAAACAUCCCCCCCUUCCAGCACCAGCAGCAUAACCGCAACCUAGAAGCCAACACCUCCGACUCCGACUCUGACAACAACCCUCAAGACGAAGAAGAAGAAGAGGAGGAGGAGGAGGAAUUAGAAGGCUACAAACACUUCUGCCAGCACUUCCGCAUCAACCCGGGCGCCCAAUGCACGGAAUGCACCAAGUGUGAGCUCUACCAGGACGAAGACGAGGAGGCCGUUGCCCGCCGCGCUGGUGAAAAAGCCGAGCGCGAAUGGCACGCCAGACACCGCGGGACCGCGACCGGCGCCGCUGUCGGCGGAAUGCGCGUUAAUCGGGAUUUCUCGGCCGCGCGCAGCUCGAAGGAAGGUGGUGGUCGUGGUGGUGGUCGUGGUCGUGGUGACGGAGGAGGAGGAGCACAUGCGUACGGGCCGGAAUGGGGGUGGAGUUACUUGGUGGAUGAGGUUUGGAGGGAUGGGAGGUGGAAAGUUGAGGCUCAGGCUUUUGUGGAUUGGGUGGUUGAUAGAGUGGUGGUUGUUGAGGAGUGUUAAAUUGGUGGUGGUGGUGGUGGUUGUGGUUGUGUGUAUGGUGAGGUUGUACUGGGCUGGGCUGGGCUGGGCUCGGGUUCAUGAUGUGAUGAUUGUUAUGACUCUUUUCAUUUUCUUUGCGUGUUCGAUUCUUUCAGGAUGGGUUUGCUGAUGAAGUUAGAAUUUGGAUAGUUUUGUCUUGAAGCGGUGGGGUUGGUUGAUAACGAGCUGGUUGAGCCUAUCGAGCAGGUCGUGACUAUGCAGCUUCUACUCUGAGUCCGUCGUACUAGUCC